GCCGGGAGGAGCGGCUCGCCCAGCCCAGCGCCCGCGAGCUCCGGGGCGGCUCGGGGAAAUCCUGUGUAGGGCUCGCCACUCUCUCUCUCGGGCUGCUUCCGAUAGCUUUCACUCUCCAGCCUCAACCGAUCUUUUAACCGGGAAACUUUUCCCCUGCCGUUUCUUUUCUCCCUCCAACCCACCAACAUCGGAGCCGAGAGGAUUCAAAAGUUGCAAAAGGACCGGUGUAAGCCGGUGCCACCCCGGGCUCACCGGGUUAGGUGUUCGAGACCAGCGUCGUCACCAUGUGCACCAACAUAGUUUACGAGUGGCUGAAAGCGUUGCAGCUCCCGCAGUACGCGGAGUCCUUCGUGGAUAACGGCUACGACGACUUGGAGGUUUGCAAACAGAUCGGGGACCCGGACCUGGAUGCCAUCGGGGUACUGGCCCCCGCGCACCGUCGCCGCAUCCUGGAGGCUGUGCGCCGGCUGCGGGAGCAGGACGCCGCGGCCGCCGGCCUCUACUUCACGCUGGAGCCGCAGCCCGCGACGCCCGCCGACACCCACCGGGGGGAACCGGGUGGUGGCCCGACCCUGGGCACUCGUGGGGAUCCCCGGGGCCAGGCGACAGCCCCCCGCAGCAGGGAACUGGUGAGCUAUCCCAAGCUGAAGUUGAAGGUCAUGAUCAGGGAUAAGCUGGUUCGAGACGGCAUCCACCUGAGCAAGCCCCCGUAUUCCCGCAAGGUCCCAAUGGCUGGCAUCCUAGAGUACUUAAUGAAUUGGCCGAAGUCAUCACAGAACCGCUAGAUAUCAUUUUUGAGAACUCGUGGAGGACUGGUGAGGUGCUGAAGACUGGAAAAGGGCAUAUUUAGAACCUUCUUUCACAAAGGGAACUGGAUGGUGACCCUGGAAAUAUUCGUCAGCUUAACUUUUGGCUUGGAAAAUUCUGGAAUAAUCAACUUAGUAAACUGGGUAACUGACUUUUAGUAGCUAGAAACAAGGCAGUGAAAUACUGUACCUGAAGAAAUACCGAGUUCAGCUUUAAAAGCAUACAGCACAUGGGGCGCAGUCUUUAUAUCUCUUGGGAUUCUCACCUUUGUUCUGUGAAUUCUUCAUGAAAAUAGAUGGGUUGACUAAGGCACUUGAGUAAUUACUAAUUUUAAGUAUAAUAUUAAAAAUUAGGUUUCUGACAACUAGUUAUUAUAUCAUUUCCAAAUUAGCUUUUAUCUUGAGAACAGUAGCUUUCAUUUGAUAGUUUAACAUGCAUUUUUAUCUCACUUCAUGUAGGACUCUGUUUUAAUUAAGUGACGAUACUUCUUAUAACUCUAUGUAGACUAGUUUGGUGAAGGAAGUCUUAUUUUAGGGUACUUGAUAUAGUUAUUUCAUGUAUAGGUAUAAUUGUAGAGCUGGCAAAUUGAUAUACUUUGCCCCCCAAAAGAAAAUUUCUUCAAUUUGAUCUAUUUGAAGUAAAACUAUUAGGAGUAUUGUGCUCUGA